UUCGAGCAAUUAAGGUCUCCAUCUAUCAUCUCUUCCCACCGCUAGAAAAAAAGAAAAAAUGAAAAAAUUUAAUCUUUUGGCGAUUCCAUUUUCACAGUUGAUCUUCUUCUUCGUUCAGCCAAAUCCAAAUUCUUUUUGAGAGAAUUUUAUGGUGGGUUAUUCUGCUGCUGUAAUCAGGAGGCAGCAAUUCUUGAUAAGGUGUUUGGGAGGAAAUAAUAGUGUAAACAAGAAUCUUCACAACAGUUCUCUCAGAAUGAUACCUCUUGGGAGUGGUGCUGGUGGUCUCACUUUGGAGAGUGAUGUUAUCAACAUUUUGAGAUCAAUUACUCCUUCUUUAGGCCCUGCUAGGCAUAAAGGCCAAGCUGGGAAGAUAGCUGUUGUGGGUGGAUGCCGUGAAUACACAGGAGCUCCAUACUUUUCUGCUAUUUCAGCUUUAAAAAUUGGUGCCGAUUUAUCGCAUGUAUUCUGUACAAAAGAUGCUGCUCCAGUUAUUAAAGGUUAUAGCCCAGAGUUGAUCGUGCACCCUAUACUGGAAGAAUCUGAUAGUGUUAGGGAUGAGUUUAAAAGAUCAACAUUAGCCAAGGUGAUCGCUGAGAUUGAUAAGUGGAUGGAGAGAUUUGAUUGUUUAGUUGUCGGUCCAGGUCUGGGGAGAGACCCGUUUCUCCUGGACUGUGUCAGUGAGAUCAUGAAGCAUGCCAGGGAAUCCAAGGUCCCGAUUGUCGUAGAUGGGGAUGGGCUUUUUCUUGUUACAAAUUGCCUUGACUUGGUCAGAGAUUAUCACUUGGCUGUCCUGACUCCUAACAUUAAUGAGUAUAAGCGACUUGUUCAGAAAGUUUUAAAUUGUGAAGUAAAUGAUCAAGAAGGAACUCAGCAAUUACUCUCUCUUGCGAAAGGGUUAGGGGGUGUAACCAUUUUAAGGAAGGGAGAAUCUGAUUAUAUCAGCAAUGGUGAAGAAGUUAGUGCAGUCAACAUUUUUGGCUCCCCUCGGCGCUGUGGUGGCCAGGGUGAUAUACUCUCUGGAAGUGUUGCUGUAUUUCUUUCCUGGGCUCGUCAGUGUGCUGCUGAAGGAGGGUGGAGCCCGAGUCCUACAAUUUUGGGGUGCAUUUCUGGAUCAGCUAUACUGAGAAAAGCUGCGUCGCUUGCAUUUGUGAACAAGAGAAGAUCUACCCUUACUAGCGAUAUAAUUGAAUGCUUGGGACAAAGUUUGGAGGAACUGUGUCCAGUUAGUUAAUGAAGAGUACUGUGCCCUUGUGUACAAUAAAAACAGAAUUUUAUGUGUUGACGUGCAAAUGAAGAGCGACUCUAGCGUACGAUAAAAUUGUAUUUCUGAGUUAUGAAAUCAACUUGAUUAUGAUUGUCACAAGUU